UCCCUUCUUUAAUUUUGUAAGUAAUUUUAAAGCUAAUAUAAGAAAAACAAAGACAUAUGAAAAAAAGAAACAAGUUGAUAAGAAUGAGUUUAAGUGAAAGAAUACAAUUUUCAAAUGGUAUGGAUUUAAGGCACGGAAGGUCGUUUCAUAUCCUAGUAAGUAGACCUUAUUUAUCCAUUCCUUAAUAUAGCAAGCAUUGAGUGUCUGAUUUGUGAAUUUAAGAUGAUUAAGGCAUCCUUCCAUCCUUACAUAGGGACAGGUUGACUUGAAUAAGGGACAAAUUGGCAUGAAACAGGAAGCAGUAAUAUGUACAGAGCAAUUAUACAAGUUUCUAUGGGAGCACAGAGGAGGGAAAGCCUAAACCCUUCCCUCUGGAUGAUUAUAUUUAGGCAAUAUGAUUAGAUUUUAAGGAAAUUGUUGAAGAAUGUGUGAAACAAGUUUCUUUUUUCAGUUUGGUCAAUGUUUUUGGAAAAGUAAAAUCUGUUAUUUUGGUCCCAGAGGUCACCACUGUUUUCCACUUUGGUUCAUGACAUUGCAUGGGAGUAGUUUCAGGAGUGAAAGGCCUACUACAGAACUAAAUGUAGCACAAUGAGGUGGACAGAGUUAACUGCUAGAAACAUUUUCCAAGUUUUGAAUUUUUAACUUUUCCCAUGAAUCAGUGAAAAAUCUCAACAAUGUGAGCAGUACUCUAUCUCAACAUUACUUUCUACCAAACAAAAGAAAAGAAAAAUGAAAUACUUAAAUGAGCCACUAAAGAAAAAAAUUGAAAAUACACACACAAAUUGGGUAGAGCCAUUUGAGUCUGUUGGAGGCCACGCGGUGGCGCUGCAGGCUAAAAAGACAAAAAAAAAAAAAAAAAAAAAAAAAAAAUCGACCAUGAACUGAGAAUGCUGCGGAAAGCAUUAACAAAAAGGAUCAAGGCAGAUGAGCUGGGAGAAAACCUGUACUGGCCCAAGAUUGGAAAAGGAAAAAAACCCAGACUCCUGCUACAAAUGGCAUAGGUCUGGGGGUUGCAACUGCUGGUUCUGUAUGCUGGGAGCUGUGAUUGUGACCAACAUUGACAAAAGACGUGUUCUGAAAAAGCAAUGGAGGCUGGAAUGUUGUGCUGCCCAAGACAAAGGCAAGUCCUAUUUCUCUUUAUGUUUGGGGGAGUAUCCUUAGCAGGUUCUGGGUUUGGACAAUAUUCUGUGACAGAGGAAACAGAGAGAGGAUCAUUUGUGGUUAAUCUGGCAAAGGAUCUGGGGCUAGGGGACCAGGAAUUGGUUUCAAGGGGAGCCCGGGUGGUCUCUGAUAACAAACAACACUUGCUCCUGGAUCCUCAUUCUGGAGAUUUGCUCACAAAUGAGAAACUGGACCGGGAAAAGCUGUGUGGCCUCACAGAGCCCUGUUUGCUGUAUUUCCAAAUUUUAAUGGAUAACCCCUUUCAGAUUUACCGGGCUGAGCUGAGGGUCAGGGACAUAAAUGAUCAUUCACCAAUGUUUCGGGACAAAGAGACGGUCUUAAAAAUAUUAGAAAAUACAGCUGAAGGGACAGCAUUUCGACUAGAAAGAGCAGAGGAUUCAGAUGGAGGACUUAAUGGUAUACAAAGCUACAUCAUCAACCCGAACCCUUUUUUCCAUAUUAAAAUUAGUGACAGUGAUGAAGGCAUGAUAUAUCCAGAACUAGUAUUGGAUAAGGCACUGGACCGGGAGAAGCAGCACGAACUCAGUUUAACACUCACGGCACUGGAUGGUGGGUCUCCACCCAGGUCUGGGACCACCACAAUACGAAUUGUGAUCCUGGACAUCAACGAUAAUGCUCCCCAGUUUUCUCAGACAAUGUAUGAGACCCAGGCCCCAGAAAACAGUCCAGUAGGGUCCCUUAUUGCAAAAGUCUCUGCAGGAGAUAUAGAUUCUGGAGUCAAUGCAGACAUAUCCUAUUCAUUUUUUGAUGCUUCUGAAGAUAUUCGAGAAACCUUUCAAAUCAAUCCUUUUUCUGGAGAAAUUGUCCUCAUAGUGUUGCUUGAUUAUGAGCUAGUAAAGUCUUACAAAAUAAAUAUACAGGCAAUGGAUGGAGGGGGUCUUACUGCAACAUGUACCGUUUUGGUGGAAGUAUUAGAUAUCAAUGACAAUCCCCCUGAACUGAUCAUGUCAUCACUUUCCAACCAUGUCGCUGAGAACUCUCCUGAGACGGUACUGGCUGUUUUUAGAAUUAAAGACAGAGACUCUGGAGAAAAUGGAAAAAUGCACUGCUACAUUCAAGAUAAUCUGCCAUUCCUUCUGAAACCCUCUGUGGAAAAUUUUUACAUCCUCAUGACAGAAGGAGGGCUGGACAGGGAAAGUCAAGCCGAGUACAACAUCACCAUCACCGUCACCGACUUGGGGACCCCCAGGCUGAAAACGCAGCACAACAUAACCGUGACGGUCUCCGACGUCAACGACAACGCCCCCGCCUUCAGCCAAACCACCUACACCCUGCGCGUCCACGAAAACAACAGCCCCGCCCUGCACAUCGGCAGCGUGAGCGCCACGGACAGGGACUCGGGCGCCAACGCCCAGGUCACCUACUCGCUGCUGCCGCCCGCGGACCCGCAGCUGCCCCUGGCCUCCCUGGUGUCCAUCAACGCGGACAACGGGCAGCUGUUCGCGCUCAGGUCCCUGGAUUACGAGGCGCUGCAGGCGUUCGAGUUCGGCGUGCGCGCGGCCGACCGCGGCUCGCCCGCGCUCAGCAGCCAGGCGCGGGUGCGCGUGCUGGUGCUGGACGACAACGACAACGCGCCCUUCGUGCUGUACCCGCCGCAGAACGGCUCUGCGCCCUGCACCGAGCUGGUGCCCAGGGCGGCCGAGGCGGGCUACCUGGUGACCAAGGUGGUGGCGGUGGACGGCGACUCGGGCCAGAACGCCUGGCUGUCGUACCAGCUGCUCAAGGCCACGGAGCCCGGGCUGUUCGGCGUGUGGGCGCACAACGGCGAGGUGCGCACGGCCCGGCUGCUGAGCGAGCGCGACGCCGUCAAGCACAGGCUGGUGGUGCUGGUCAGGGACAAUGGCGAGCCGCCGCGCUCGGCCAGCGUCACGCUGCACGUGCUGCUGGUGGACGGCUUCUCGCAGCCCUACCUGCCGCUCCCGGAGGUGGCGGCGGCCGAGGCGCGGGCCGACCCGCUCACCGUCUACUUGGUCGUCGCCUUGGCGUCCGUGUCGUCGCUCUUCCUGUUCUCGGUGCUGGUGUUCGUGGCGGUGCGGCUGUGCAGGCGGAGCCGGGCGGCGUCUGCGGGUCGCUGCUCGGGGCCUGAGGGCCACUUUCCGGGCCACCUGGUGGACGUCAGCGGCGCGGGGACGCUGUCCCAGAGCUACCAGUAUGAGUUUAUCCAAUUUCAUAUCCUCUGAGAAGACUCUCAAAGUGACUCAUGUAUACUUUCCUUUGCAUUACAACCGAAAGAAGGCCAAGUAAUGAUGCAGUCUUCUUUCAGGUUUUCAGUCCUCUC